AUGGCGGACAGAGAUCUCUCUUUAGGUCCUAGGGAUGGAGUUACUUACCCAAUAAGAGUACAGUAUUGCGGUAAUUGUUCGAUGCCAAUAGAGUAUUGCGAAUAUUAUCCUGAAUAUGAUAAAUGCAAACAAUGGCUCGAAAAGAAUCUUCCGACUGAGUUUGAAAAAGUCAAGAUAGACGAGGAUGACAAUGCCGGUGGUGAGGAAGAAAAGAAGAGACAAAAAAGAGGUGGUAAGGGCAUGUUAAAAUCAAAGAAAAAAGAAGAUGUUCCUAAACUGGUGCAAGUAUCUAGAGCCCCCCGCGGCAAAAAGAAAUCAGUUACUGUGGUAUCGGGACUGAGUACAUUUGACAUAGACUUAAAGGUAGCAGCAAAAUUCUUUGGCACCAAGUUUGCAUGUGGGUCUUCAGUUACCGGUGAUGAUGAAAUUGUUAUUCAAGGUGAUGUCAAAGAUGACCUGUUCGAUGUUAUUCCAGAGAAAUGGCCUGAGAUUGACGAAGAUAGUAUUGAAGAUCUUGGAGAUCAAAAGAGAUAA